AUGGCGUCAGUACUGGUCAGUGCCGGUGAAGUCGAGUAUGUACGGAGGGGGUUCGAGGCCGGCGUCCGUGGCGAUGGGCGGGGGCCACUCGACUUCCGGCAGAUAGAGAUCGAGACGGGGGUCAUCGGCCAAGCCACCGGCUCGGCGCGCGUGCGUCUAGGCACCACCGACGUCCUCGCGGAGGUUGGCCCACCAGCAGAGGGCGCGCCCAACCAGGGCAGGAUAUCCUUUGCGACGGAGUUCUCCCCCAUAGCCAGCCCCAGCUUCCAGGGGCGGGGCGGGGAGGAGCUCGCCUCGGACCUCACCGCCAUGCUCCAGCGCACAUUCUUCCGCAGCCCCGUCAGCGGGAGGGCCGGCCUGGACCUCACCACCCUCAGCAUCGUGUCUGGCAAGUCUUGCUGGGUGGUGUAUGUCGAUGUCCUGGUCCUCGCUGUCGGGGGCGCUGUGGUCGACACCGCCUCCAUUGCGGUCAAGGCGGCCUUGACGGCCACCCUGCUGCCCAAGAUCGAGAUGGUGGCGGGGGAGGACCCCGAGGACGAGCCCGACUACGAGAUCGACGAUGACCCCAGCGUGUCCGUCCCCCUGGACACGCGGUACGUGCCCCUGACCCUGACGGUGUCCCAGGUGGGCGUCACUCCAGCGCUGGACCUGGACCUACUAGAGGAGGCCAGCGCCGCCGCUGCACUGUCGGUGGGGGUGGACGCCGAGGGCAGGGUGGACAUGCUGGACAUCGCAGAGCAGAGGGGCAUCGCCCUGCAUGCCGCCAUCGACGCGCACCUGACCAGACAGCGGGCGAAUGCAUGGAGGGCCUUGGAGGCUGAGGAGCCAGAGCCUCUGGUCUACGAUGAAUUCGCUGUGGCGCUGGCAGGCCCAUCGGCGCUGGCAUCAGCUAGGGCAUGUGCACAGCCGUUCACGGGCACAGCCGGCCCCGGGAAGCCCCAUCGUGCCCGCAAGCUCUGCCUCUCCAACGUGACGGCACGUGUGUGGUGGUUCGAUGAGCAGAUCAGGGCUGCGCUUUCUUCUGGAACCAAUGCACCACGCCAGGUGGUGGUGCUGGGCAGCGGCAUGGACACCCGCCCCUGGAGGUGCUCCGAUUUCCCUCCUGGCCUGCUCUGGUUCGAGGUCGACCUGCCAGCCAUGGUCUCUGCCAAGGACCUGGCGCUGGACGCCCUGGGCGCGCAAAAGGGCACGGGGCCGGGCGAGGGGGCGCGCAAGCACCCCUUGCACGUCGCCAGCUGGCGCGCGCUGACCGCCGACCUGUCCGGACCCGACUGGGUCCAGGCCCUGGCCGCCUGCGGGUUUGACCCUGGGCAGCCGACCCUGUGGAUUGUGGAGGGGCUCUUCAUGUACCUGGAGCCACGAGACGGCACCGGCCUGCUGCACACCAUGCAGGGGCACUCUGCGCCUGGGAGCCGGCUGGUGACGCACAACGUCACACAGGAGCUGGUAGACGGCGUGCAGGACGGCUCGAUAACAGAGUACCCCCCCUACUCCCAGGACCUGGUUCGCACCUGGCACUACGGCUUCCCGGCGCCCCUGGAGCCCGCCCUUGCCGAGCUGGGGUGGCGGGUCACUACAAAGGCCUCGCGCGCCCUAAUCGCGCGGUCCAUCUUCGGGGCGGGCUCGGACGAGGAGCUGGAGGGCUGCGUCGAGUUUGAUGCGCGGUUGGGGUGUGCGAUGGACCGCUACUCGGUGUUUGUGGCCGCCACCGUUGCGGAUGUCAAGCCACGGACGUAG